UUCCAUAGGAAUAUUCCGACGGAAUGAAUUUUCCUCGGAAUUCCGUCGGUAUAUUCCAAGGAAAUUCUGAGGAAACCAAAUUUUCUGUUUCCUCGGAAUUUCCUCGGAAAUUCCUCGGUAUAUUCCGAGGAAUUCAUUUUCCGUCGGAACGUCCGUCAGAAUACCGCUGUUUUCUUGUAGUGCAUGAACAAAAGGAUAAGCAUGAUCAUUUACCAAGGAGAGAAAGCAAUGAUGGACGCCAAAGGACUUGGAAUUACUUGAUGAAAACAACUUCAAAACUCCAAGGAAGUUUCUGUCCACUCUUUUCAUUCACUGAAUUUCCCUUGAAUUUAAUUCUUUUGUAUCUGAUUUCUUUCCUUUUUAUAUAGGUACAAUGGAUUUGAGGACAAAUCCUUUUGAAGAGGGAGAGUAUGAUGCGCCUCAGUACAUGAAUCAGUACAUGGAACCAGACCAGGAUGGAGAUCAAGACGAUCAGAUCAUUCCAACCAAGGUUCAGGCAGCCGAUCGUCCCAGACAGACAUACCGAGCUGUGUACCGGAUCGAACCGCGAGCAGCCGGAGAGGAGCUAAGGUUGGAACCACGUCCAGAUGAUCGAACCCACCGUACCGGAGCUCGUCUUCCCCGAUCAACUCGCCAAGCCAAGACUGAUGGUCGAGCCAUAACUCACUUUGAUCGAGUGGAAACCGAGACACACCAUUGUCUUUCCCUUUUGGUCCAUAUCCGAGUGUCCCGACGAACGUACUGAUGGAUCAGCCGGCCAGUAUGAUCAGUUCUUGAACUUUGAUGAUCAAAAUUUCUCUAAGGCAAGGAUUCUACAACUAUCCAAAGACUUGGGUCGUGCUGGGACCAAGCUGGUGCAUGAGCUUUACCCAGAUGCUUGUCAUGACCGCACCGCGUCCGUCCUGCUCCUUACAGCGAAGGAACCACUUGGUUCGGACGAACCUGGACGUUAGCCGGAGAGUCUCUUAGAUCAGAUCUGAGAUCUAAAUACAUUGUCUUUAAUCUUCAUAUCUAGAUCUAGAUCUAGAUCUAUCAUUAAUACUUCUUAUGUCUUUUUCUAGUAUAAAUAUGCAAACACUUCUCAUAAUAAAAUCAUUCCAUUUUCUUUCAACUUUUGAGUCUUUACUAUUUGUUUUUUGUUUAGAACACCUCUUAGUUUUCUUGGUGUGGUUAGCUCCAAGUUAAACGCCUCUUUCUUGUUGGACCGGUGCGUCACAUCCGGCAACAAAUCGAGUUUUGCUUCCUUGUCGGACCUGUGAGUCAUAUCAGGCGAUAAUCAAGCACCCUGGUAGUAUCAUUGGGCCAUCCGCAACCCUUUGUGUCACCGUUCAUUCCAUCAGUUAUCCUUCCUCACGGAUCGAGUCCAUAUCUUUUCUUACCGGUCGAGUGUUCGUUCCUUAGGGCGCAUCAGCUAACAUAUGAGAAAACGCGCUUUCUUGUUCGAGCUUUUCUUGAAAGGAAGUCUCCUUUGGUGUUACUGGAUCUGUCUUUAUAUACCACUUCUCCGUCUUGGUAGAACCCCCAUAGAGUUUUAAACUCAUUAAGUUCAGUUGCAAAAGAUGGCCAGUCAUCAGGUGUAUCGAUCAUUUUGACUAACUCUUGGGAGUCAGUAACAAAACAAUUGCAGUAAAGCUGGUGGCAAGAUAAACAUUUCAGAGCCCAUACCAAACUUUUUAGUUCAGUGUGAAGUGGCGAGAGUUUCUUAUGGCUGCCGUGGAGUCCGAGAAUAUCUAUCGAACCGUCUUGUAGCUGUAAGAUCCAUCCUACUCCGCUCGUGGUUUCAUCAUUUUUCCACGAUCCAUCCACCCUACAUAUGAAUGUAGGUACUUCCGUAAGGGUUCUUGCACUACAAAAGAACAUGUGAGUAACGACUACGAUUUACGACUACAAAUGUGUAGUCGUAAAUCAACUUCAACUUUACGUCUACAUUACGACUAAGGUAAAGUCCGUCGCAAAAUAAAUGUAAUUUUGCUACUAAUAUAGUUAGUCGUAAAUUAACUUCGCAUUUACGACUACACUUUCAGAUAGUCGUAAUGCAGUGGUAAAUUUGUGACUAAAUUACUUCUAAAAUUUUCCAUCUGAUUAAGGACCAAUUUACGAGAAACGUAGUUGCACAUUAGUAGUUAAGUUAUUAUCAAACAUAAAUUCGUUGUAACAUCGUGACCUACCAAAAUUGAAAUUUCCCUAUAAGUAUGAUCUUCUCCUUCAUUCUUAAGAUGCACAAAGAAAAAAUGAAAAAGAGUAAAAAAAAUAUCUAGAAAUAUCUAUGAGCUUCGUAGUUGGAUGUAUGCACAUACAGAUUCAAGGGGAAGAGUAACAAAAGAAUUUCUCAACGGAGCAGAUAUAUUCAUGUACCAGGCCGUACAUACGUCUCUCACACUGGAAACGGGUAAAAUGUUCUGUCACUGUCGUAAAUGCAACAAUAUCAAGUUUGCUGCUAGUCAAACGGUUUGGAAACAUAUAGUAAAUAGAGGAUUUAUUCCACAUUACUAUUCUGGUUGAACCACGGCGAAGGUGAUAAUAGGAAUGAAGCUAGUAGUAGUAAUCAGGUUGAAAAUAUUCGUAACAGAGAUGAACCACAUUUGCCUUCUGAAAGUUGUAACCUUCAAGAGGAUCAUAUGGUAGAUCAUGAUAGGAUGCAUGAUAUGGUUACAGAUGCAUUUCGUGAAAUAAGAUCAGUAAUAGAGGACGUAGAAAAUGUAGAGGGGCCUAACUUGGAUGCAAAAAGAUUUUAUGAAAUGCUAGCAGCAGCUAAUGAGCCAAUUUAUGAAGGUUGUAGAGAAGGUCUUUCUAAAUUAUCAUUGGUAGCUAGGAUGAUGAAUAUCAAAACUGAUCAUAACUUACCUGAAGUUUGUAAGGAUGCAUGGGCUCAGUUGUUUAAAGAGUAUUUGCCUAAAGAUAAUCUGUGUGCUGAAUCUUAUUAUGAGAUUCAAAAACUGGUUCAUAGCCUUGUCUUACCUUCGGAGAUGAUUGAUGUGUGUAUAGACAAAUGUAUGAUAUAUUGGGGAGAAAAUGCAGAAUUGUUAUAGUGUAAAUUUUGCAAGAAGCCACGAUAUAAACCGCAAAGACGUGGGCGGAAUAGGGUGCCGUACCAGCGGAUGUGGUACUUACCUAUUAAGGAUAGACUGAAGAGAUUAUAUCAAUCUGAAAAGACGGCAGCAGCAAUGAGAUGGCAUGCAGAACAUACUCAGAAGGAAGGCGAGAUCAAUCAUCCCUCUGAUGCAAAAGCGUGGAAACACUUGAAUUCGGUGUACCCUGAUUUUGCAAGCAACCCCCACAACGUUUAUCUUGGGCUCUGAACAGAUUGCUUUAGUCCAUUUGGAAUGUUUGGAAGACAAUAUUCGCUUUGGCCAGUCUUCUUGACGCUAUACAACCUUCCACAAGAGAUGUGUAUGGAAAAGGAAUUUCUUUUCAUGAGUAUAUUGAUACCUGGGCCAAAACAUCCGAAGAGGUCCCUUGAUGUGUUUUUUACAGCAUUUGAUAGAAGAAUUGAAUGAAUUAUGGUCAACAGGCGUGAAGACAUAUGAUUGUUCAGCGAGAACAAACUUUACAAUGCGAGCAGUUCUUUUGUGGACCAUUAGUGAGUUUCUUGCAUACGGCAUGUUGUCAGGUUGGACGACGCAUGGGAGGCUAUCUUGUCCUUAUUGUAUGGGUAGCACAGACGUGUUUCAGCUGAAGAAUGGUAGGAAGACGUCCUAGUUUGAUUGUCAUUAGAGAUUUCUUCCCAUUAACCAUCCGUACCGAAGGAACAAGAAAUUGUUUCCGUCAAAAAGUGUUGUACGAGACACCGCUCCACCAUAUUUAUCUGGAGAGGAAAUCAAGAAGGAUAUUGAUUACUAUGGUGGACAGGACACAGUCAAGAAAGGGGGUAAUUGGAAUACUACUGCAAAUAUGUCUGGUGGUUAUGGGACACAGCAUAAUUGGCACAAGAAAAGUAUAUUUUGGGAACUUCCAUAUUGGAAAUAUCUACUUCUACGCCACAAUCUUGAUGUGAUGCAUAUAGAGAAGAACUUCUUUGACAACAUCAUCAAUACAUUGUUGAACGUCCCCGGGAAGACAAAAGUUAACAACAACUCAAGGUUGGAUUUGCCUGCAUUGUGUUCUAGGAUUGAGCUGCAUAUUAGAAACGAUGGGAAAAUUCUGGUUCCCAAUUCCAGAUUGUCAGCAAAAGCAAAAGCAGCGUUGUUCAAGUGGGUGGCAUCAGUUGUGAAGUUUUUUGAUGGAUAUGUUUCAAAUCUAUCAAGAUGUGUUGAUCAGCAAGGACAAAAGUUUUCAGGGAUGAAGAGUCAUGACUGUCACGUGUUUAUGCAACGACUUCUACCAUUUGCAUUUUCGGAGUUGCUUCCAAAAAAUGUUCACGAGGCACUUGCAGGCAUCGGAAAUUUUUUCAGUGAUCUUAGUGCACGCACCUUAACUGUAGAUGUCAUCAGACAACUUGAUGAGAAUAUCCCGAUCUUGAUGUGCAACUUGGAGAAAAAUUUUCCUCCGUCAUUUUUUGACGUCAUGGAAAAUUUAGUUGUCCACCUUUCAUACGAGGCAUUGCUUCGUGGACCUGUGCAUAAUGGAUGGAUGGAUGUAUCCUUACGAGCGAGCCAUGAAAUAUUUGAAAGGGAAAGCAAAAAAUCUUGCUAGGGUAGAAGGUUCAAUAGUUGCUGGGAGUUUGAAUGAGGAAACAUCUCACUUCACGUCGUAAUACUUUGGGUCCCAACUCC